AUGGCGAAUAAAUCUUCGGUCUUAAACGAAAAAGAUCCUUCAGCUCGUAUUUUUAAUAUGAGUGAUGCAAUUUCGAUAGAUGAUCAAUUAUAUAUUAAUGAUCUAUUUAGCAUACCAAAGGAAGGUUAUCUUCCUGAAUCGUUAAAAGAGUUUGAACCUUUUAUUGAUUCUACCAAAACAUUCUGCGUUUACCUCAGAGAUGUUUAUCUUCACAUAGUUCUAAUGUUUGUUACUAAUUGGACUAUGCCACUUACACAACCACUCAAUUUCUUAUUGAUUAUUUUAAUUUAUCUUACGAGUAUACUCUUUCUUCUCCCUGCAACGUUGUUUUUAAGUAUUGCGAAUUAUAUUGGAAUGAAUUUUAAAUUAUAUGACGAAGCCGGUUGGCAAAAAUUAACCACCGAAAGAUUAUCCAAAAUUAGGGAAAGAGGUAUAGCAGCAUUGGGUAAACCACAUACUUCUCAACUACCAAACUUUAAUCUUGAUUUGGCGGAAACACUCUUGUUCUUAUCCUCUAUUGUCUAUCUUCGGGAAGAAACAGAGGUUCGUAAAGCUGUAACGAAUUUAUCGCAAAUUCGAAAUAAGAUAAGUAAACAAGAACAAGUUGAAGUAGGUGAUCUUGAAAAUGUUUUUCAAGCACUAGAAAAUGCUGAUGAUGGAGUUCGUAAGGUUGUAAAUGAUUGGAAUAUUCAAUUCAAAUCUGUAUCUGAAUUAAGCACUUCUAAAGGAGUUUAUGCAGGAUUAUUUUGGAGUGUCAAACAAAAUUUUAUUGUAGUUUCUUUUAAAGGAACGAGUCCAACAAAUUUUUUAGAAUUGGUAGUUAACUUUACAUUUCAAAGAAAGGAUGGAAGGAGCUUCUUAUUUGGAGGAGUACAUGAAGGAUUCUAUAACUGCUUAUUCCCAAAGGAUAACGCAGGUUCAUUAUUAUCAAAAAAAGGGUAUCCUCAUAUGAGAAUAAUGGAAGCUAUUAAUGCCAAAGCCAAAGAAAUUCGUGUAAAGAAUAAGAAAACAGAACCUGUUAAUAUUUGGAUAACAGGUCAUUCUCUUGGAGCUUCUUUAGCAACAUUAUUUUAUUCGAGAUUAUUAAAAGCACCUGGAGCUUUGAGUGAUGAUUGCGUUCUCAGAGAUGUCUAUUCAUUUGCAGCCCUAGCCGUUGGUGAUAGUAACUUUUCAUCCGAAUUCUCUUCGUUAUAUAACGGAAGUAAUACAACACUUUGGCGUAUAAUUAGUGAACUAGAUAUUGCACCACAUUUACCUCCAAAUAAUGGUCAUUUUCGUUUCUUACGCCAAUACCUUACCGAAAAUGACAUAUUAAAUUAUUUUCAUGUAGGAGAUACGGUCAAAUUUUAUCAUAGAAAUAAAAAACCUUCAUGUGAUCCAAGCAUUUUUAAUCCUUCAGCAAAAAGCAGGAAAAUUGAUCAGGUUUUAACUUGGAAUGAUUGGAAAACGAUGUUUAAUGAUGAACAACAAUCUUUGACAAAUCAACCAGUGAAUAAUAAUUCUCCUAUUUAUAACCAAACUGUACUUCCUUAUGAGGGUAUACUUAAAUUACCAGUACUCACGAUGCUUCGAAAUCAUAUUCCACAUCGUUAUUUUGCGGCAAUGGAAAAAUCUAGGCCAUAUUUUUCAAGCAAUAGUCCUUCCACUUCUUAG